AUAUAUAUAUAUAUAUAUAUAUAUAUAUAUAUAUACACACAUCUCACAUAUACAUGUUAUGCCCAAGAAGGUCAUCAGAUCCCCUAGAGCUGGAGUUAUGGAUGAAUGGUUGUAAGCCACCAUAUGUGUGCUGAGAACCACACCUAGGUCCUCUGCAAGAGCAACAAGUGUUCUUAACCACUGAGCCAUCUCUCCAGCUCCCAGUGUAAACUUAUUAUCUUCCAGUUUUGGAGCCUGGAGAUCUGGGAUCCAGGUUUUAGCAGAGCUGAGCUCCACAGAGCCACUGGGAAGGAUCUGGUCCAGGUUUCUUGCUUCCCAUAUCUCCUGUGAUUCAGUAGUACAACCCCAUUCUCCACCUGAUUGUCUCCUUCAGCCAUGUCUGCGCCCAGAUUACCUUGUUAUUUUGACAUUGGUUGUACUGGAAUGAGAGCUGACCCCCUGCUGAACUAAUCCCGUGUUCAGUUACUCACAUUCUGAAAUGCUAGGGGUUGGGCUUCAGCAUAUCAUAGGGAUCACCAUCUAUGAGAGUUGUGGGUAGUGGCGGUCUUUGCAAUCCAGCCAACACUAGCAGCUAAGCAGGGAGUUCUGUGGUCCGGCUGUUCUUAUGAAGGAGGGUCAGAAAAGACACCAAGGCUUGAGAAGUGCUCCUGACGUUUGAACCCCACCUUCGCAUAUAACGAUAACAGGUACUUUAAGUGAGCAAGAGCUGAUCAGCUCCAUGUUCUAAGAUUUGCACAUAUUCCAGCACAGCAGCCAUAGGCUGAGAGUGUAAACUACACACUUUCCAGUGUGUGGACCAGGAAGCUAAGCCUUGCCAUGGCCCAAAGACACACAGCAAGAAAGUGGCAACAGGCCAGCAAGAUAGUUCAGCAGGCAGAGGUGCUUGCCACCAAGGCUGAUGACCUAAAUUCAGUCCCAGGAGCCCAUAUGACAGAAGGCAAAAGCACCUCCUGCUGUAGUCAUCUUCUGACAUCCAUAUGUGCACUGUGGCACACAUAUGUGCUCACAUAGGCAUAAAUGUAACAGAAAAGAGGCCAAACCAGUUAAGGACCCAAGGCCUGUACCUUCCACUCCCUGAGCCUCGGUUCUGAACCUGUUUUUCUGCCUCUAAAAUGCGGCUAAAACAGAAUUGUGGAGAUUGAAGAGGACGCUCUACCGUCUGGCACAUGGCAGAAGCAGGCUAGAGUUUGUGAUUUGCGUCCUUUACCUAAUGAUCUCAGAAUUUGUUCAUGCAGGUGGGGAGUCUUUUGUGGCCCUUCUCAGACUUAAAGUGAGCAGCACACUCCCUACCCCAGCGGGGUUGCUCCAUUUUAGCAGAUGUAGAGGGGCUCGACACAUGCCGCCCCUUCUGCUACUCUCUCAAAUAUGUGUUCUCCAGUGAUGGGAAAGUCAUUCUGGUCCCUCGCACAGAGGAAAGGUCACCAGUAAAGAAGCAUCCAUUAGAAUAGUGGAGUCAAGCCUGGGGGUAUAGGCUUAAUUCCUGCUCUUUGAGAGACAGACAGGAGGAUCACAAGUUCAAUGCCUGCUUGGGCUGCAGAGAAAGUAAGUAAAAAGUGAGGGGGUGGGGGGCUGAGGAUGUAGCUGUAAGGUAGGACACGUUUCUAGGAUGUGUGAGACUCUGGGUUUGAUCUGCAGUACCACAGAAAAGGGGGUAAAAGACUGUAAGAAUGGUAAGUGGGUGUAUGGAAGUUCUCUUGGACAGAAGCGAUGGACAGAUGGAAGGUUGGACUGGAUAAGUGAAAGGUAAGAGGUGAACUGAAGAAAAGAUGGAUUGAUGGAAGUUUGAAAGGCAGAUGUAGAGACCAUGAAACUACAGACACCUAGGUUUACAAAGGAAUGUAUAUAUAUCCACGCACACACACGUGUGUGCAACACACACACAAACACACACACAAGGCUGAAGAGCUGGAUGAGGGAACAGUUGAAAUGAAGAAGAAAAAGGGACACAGGACGGUAUGGAAGAACGGUGUCUGGUGAGUAGAGCAGACAGGACAGUUCAGACUUGCAGCUCCUCUGCCCCCUUUUCUCCACCAGAAACACAGCCCUGUCACUGUUUGCUCACUCUCAGGUGAGUGGGGCUGCGAGGCUCCAGGCUGGAGAGCGCAGAGCGACAGGGCGACAGGGCGGGUCGGCUGGGGCGGAGGCAGCGGGGGCCGGGCAGUCCCCCGGCCAGCCCAGCGGCUGCCACACAAGUGGUGUCUGCCUUGGCGCGGAGACCCAAGAGGCGCUGGGUGCACGCAGCGCUGCAGAAGCCCGAGCCAGGUGGACAGCCUCUAGGCUGCACGGCUUCAUAGAGAAUGAAGACCAACCCUGCGGGCGCCCCACUAGAAACCUGUCAAACUGCAGGCCAGGGCGAGAAGGGAUACCCUGUAUGCCAGGCCUGUGGAGGGGCCUCAAGCCUGGGGUCUGCUUCAGAGUCAGGGUCAGGCCUUAGGCCAGGGCCUGGAGUGGCUCUGGACUCUGGGCUGGGGCCUGGGGCUAUUCCAGGACCUGGGCCUGGGCCGGGGCUUGGACCUAGUGCUGUUCCAGGGUCUGGGCCACAGCCUAGUAGUGUUUCUGUGACUGGGCUGCGACCUGGUACUACUUCAGGGCCUAAUGCUUCUCUGGGACCUGGGCUAGGAACAGGGUCAUUACCUGGGCCAGGAGCUAGGUCUGGACUGAGGCCAGGAUGUGACUCAGUACCUGCACCAGCACCUCAGCCAGGAUCUGGCCCAGUACCUCAGUCAGGAUCUGGCCCAGUACCUCAGUCAGGAUCUGGCCCAGUACCUCAGUCAGGAGCUGGCUCAGUAUCUCAGCCAGGAGCUGGGUCAGUACCUCAACCAGUAAGUGAGUUAGUAACUAGUCCAGGAGCUGCACCAUUACCUGGGCUGGGGCUAGGACCUGGAACCAGACGAGGCUCUGGGACUGGCUCUAACCCCGGUGAAUCAGUGAGAGCCACAGUACCAGCACUACAGCAGAAGACUGAAGCCAAGCACACACAGGCUCCCAGACAGAAGGUUCUGGUGACCGGAGGAGGAGGUUACCUGGGCUUCAGCCUGGGUUCCAGCCUGGCCAAGAAAGGCGCCUCUGUCAUCCUGCUUGACCUCCGCAGACCCCAGUGGCCACUACCCUCAGGAACUGAGUUUAUCCAGGCUGAUGUCCGAGAUGAAGAAGCCCUAUACCAAGCCUUCCAGGGGGUGGACUGUGUCUUUCACGUGGCCUCCUACGGCAUGUCUGGGGCAGAGAAGCUACAAAAACGGGAGAUUGAGUCUAUAAAUGUCGGAGGCACCAAACUGGUGAUUAAUGUCUGCGUCCGUCGGCGGGUUCCAAGGCUCGUAUACACCAGCACAGUCAACGUGACAUUUGGUGGGAAGCCCAUAGAGCAAGGCAAUGAGGACUCCAUCCCAUAUUUCCCCUUGGACAAGCAUAUGGACCACUACUCUCGAACCAAAGCCAUCGCUGACCAGUUGAUUCUCAUGGCCAAUGGGACACCUCUCCUAGGAGGAGGCACCCUCCGCACCUGUGUGCUCCGUCCCCCAGGGAUCUAUGGUCCUGAAGAACAGAAACACCUGCCCCGGGUGGCGAGCCACAUCAAGAAGAGACUGUUCAUGUUCCGGUUUGGGGACCGCAGGACGCACAUGAACUGGGUCCACGUGCAGAAUCUGGUGCAGGCACACAUGCGGGCGGCUGAGGGCCUCACCUUGGCUAAAGGCUACGUGGCCAGCGGGCAGGCAUACUACAUCCAUGACGGGGAGAGUGUCAACCUCUUUGAGUGGAUGGCCCCACUGUUUGAGAAGCUGGGGUACAGCCAGCCCUGGAUCCAGGUACCGACCUCCUGUGUGUAUCUGACAGCUGCAGUGAUGGAGUUUCUGCACCUAGCACUGAGACCUAUCUGCACCAUCUCCCCACUACUCACCCGCAGUGAGGUGCUCAGCAUGACCGUGACGCACACCUUCCAGAUUGCCAAGGCCCGCGCUCAGCUUGGCUACGCGCCGGACAAGUUCAGCUUCGCAGACGCAGUGGAGCGAUAUGUGCAGGCCACGACCCCGCAGCCCUGCUGUUGCACCGUGCUGACGCUCCUGCGGCUGCUGCUCCUGCUGCUGCUCCUGCUCGGCUUGCUCGGCCUAGCCCUGUACUUUCUAGGGCUGCAGCCUUUGCAGGCGGUGGUGGAGAGGCUCUGAUCCGGACCCCAAAGCCGGAUCAAGCCCACGUAGGCUCUCUGCGCUUCUUCCUGGCUUUGACCUCCCGGUUUAGGCCCGCCCCUGCUUUUUGGCCACACCCCGAUUCCUGGCCAUGCCCCUGCUCCUCUCUCUAAGCUUGUCUUUCUGGAGUUUGGGCCGACUUUCCCUGCUUUUCGCUCCCUGAUUCAGUGUGGUUCUCUUCUGUGAGGUUAGGCGAGGCGGUUGAUGAAGUCCCAGCCUCUUAUCUUACUUCUCCUUCCCAGCUAUUUCCAGUCCUACCCAGUCUAGCCCUCUCUUUCCUACUCUUCCCGAUCCUUCCUUUCUGCCUCCAUCUGUACACAGAAACCCCAGCGAGGUCGCUUCUGUAAGGACAAACCUUGGCCCCGCCUUCGCGGUUGGUCUAAAUGCUUGAGUUCUGGUUGGUGGAGUCUUUGGAAUUGAACCUGUUUUCUGCCUCCUUCUGGGACCUCCUCCCUGCCAUGGCUUCUUUGAGUUUAUCCUGAUGCUGACCACCGACCUUUGUGUUGACUAGCUGGGGAAGGAUAGCCAAGCCCAACUUGAUAGCUUUUGGUUCCCAGUUAAUGGAGUGGAAAUGACUCAGCACAGUAAACGGUCUCAGUACUAAAGGAGGCAAUGGGGGAAGAAAGUUUGUAAAAGAAAUGGAAUGUCUCAUAAAAAGUACCAAUAUAACAGCCGAAAUAAGAAUUUGGCUGAUCAUA